ACUAUGAUUGUACAGUAAAUACUAUAAGCUUUGCCUCCUUCGUUCUCACUGCAGCGAUGCAAUCAGGUGGAAAAAAAGGAGACAAACCCGAGGGUUGAGCUAUAAAACCGUUUGUGCGAGACAUUUUCUUCUGUCAGGGACUAACUUGCCGAGGAGGAAGCUCUCUGCAGUUUUUAGUAGGAGAUAUCAGUGUGCAAGCGGGGAACAAGCUAGGAGAGCUCCGAGGGUGUUUGUUGGCCCUCUGCAGUCUGAUUCACCGGAGAGUCGCCCCACACCGUUGCCUCAUCAUCGACGUCGUUUGCCCGUCGACAUUUACAUCUUCACGGAGGCAGAAAGCCACGGAAAGGGACGGGACGUCAGCCCCUGUUUGGCCCUCCACCGCCGCAGCCCCUAGGCGCGCUGCCUGGCAUAGCAUGUUAAAUAAUGAGCCAAAGGGACACGCUGGUUCAUUUGUUCGCUGGAGGAUGUGGAGGUACAGUGGGUGCAAUUUUGACUUGUCCUCUGGAAGUGGUGAAAACAAGACUACAGUCCUCCUCCAUCACUCUCUACAUCUCAGAAGUCCAGCUUAGCACUGUCAAUGGUGCCAGCGUGGCCCGUGUUGCUCCACCAGGGCCUCUCCACUGUCUCAAGUUGAUUUUAGAGAGAGAAGGGCCCCGUUCACUCUUCAGAGGACUGGGACCCACCCUUGUUGGUGUGGCACCUUCCAGGGCGAUCUAUUUUGCAGCCUAUUCAACAGCCAAGGAGAAGCUAAAUGGGGUGCUGGAGCCAGACUCUACCCAGGUGCACAUGGUGUCAGCUGGGAUGGCAGGGUUCACAGCCAUCACCGCCACCAAUCCCAUCUGGCUGAUUAAGACCCGUCUGCAGCUGGAUGCCAGAAACCGGGGUGAGCGGCAGAUGAAUGCUUUCGAGUGUGUGCGGCGGGUGUACCAGAUGGACGGCCUGCGUGGUUUUUACAGGGGUAUGUCGGCCUCCUAUGCCGGCAUCUCUGAGACUGUUAUCCAUUUUGUCAUUUAUGAGAGCAUCAAACGUAAACUGCUCGAGUACAAGGCCCACUCAAGCAUGGACGAAGAGGACGAGUCGGCCAAAGACGCCUCAGACUUUGUGGGCAUGAUGCUUGCAGCAGCCACCUCCAAGACCUGUGCCACCUCAAUAGCCUACCCUCAUGAAGUGAUACGAACACGGCUACGAGAAGAGGGCAGCAAGUAUCGCUCCUUCUUCCAAACUCUGAUCACAGUACCCAGAGAGGAGGGAUACCGGGCGCUGUACCGCGGCCUAAUCACCCACCUUGUCAGACAAAUCCCCAACACCGCCAUUAUGAUGUGCACCUAUGAAGUGGUGGUCUACCUGCUUGGCCGUUAGCCCCCAGCCACGUAUUCUUCCUACGACUAAAGGAGGAUGCAUUGAGCAAAUGACUGAGAAAGUUGCUCCUUUUUCGCAAGUGGGCAUGAAAUGUCAAAAUUAAGACCAAAGGAAAACUGAAGAUGCUCUUGUGGACCAGAUACAAGGACAAAUGAAAAUCACAUGAAAUAGAAAGGAAAGGAAAAAAAAAAAGUUAACAUAUUAGCAUCACCAGCCCCCGUUCCCUUUUAUUAACCUGACAGAAGACAUGGAGGGCACUGUAGGUCACAGAUGAUUAUUGGUAUUGUGGGUUUGUACAAGAAUAGUAAUGACAGGAAAGACGAUGAAAACACAAGGCACCUCUGAAGGAAACUAUUUAAGCACAUUUCAGUGGCCUUAACAAAGGUUUAACUUGCGUCAUUGUCUUUAAAUAAAGAGUAAAAGUCACUUUCAUAUAGACGAUAUUGUAACGGUGGAAAGAUGGUAACUAAAUGUAGGUCAGUCUCAAUUACAAAAGAAUCCCCACUUAGCACUAUCUGUCUGCACCAGUCUGCCCUCGCCUCAUUGCUGUGCAACUACUGUAUGAAUAGGCAGUUUAAGGAAUGUUGAUUUAAGGUUGAAUGUGGCCUCAUAAGAACUCACCCAUCCUUGUCGGGUUCUCACAGAAAGUGUGGCUUCAAACAUUCCCCUCUGAAUCACUAAAGCCACCCUCCUCGAUAAGUCCCGUCACACAAGCCUCAGGCUCUCGUGUUCGUGAAGAGUAGCUUGAAAAGCCGACCUUCAUUCACUGUUCGAUUCCUGUGCAGCUCAACGUCCGGCAGUGGUGACGCGGUGAGGCUGAAGUUGGCCUGCGUCUUUGACCGCUUAGUUGAAACUUAACGAUCAAAUAGAAGGCCAUCUUCUUUCUGUACGCAGUCACUGCUCAGGACGUCUGUGAAAGCGAGAGACCUCUGAGUACGAGGUGUGUGACUCCCAGAAUAUACCAAGAUUUAAGUAACUUGUAUUAUUAGCUACUCGAAUGAUAAUGUGACGGAGUGGGUGAAUGUUUCAUCUUCAAGGUUCAAGGUUACAUGUUGGCCACUUUCAUCAUAACGGUCUAUGUAGAAGAAUGUGUGUGUGUGGCUGCAGUCAUGUGUGCCUGCAUGUAUAAUAAAUAUCUGCUCCAGAUUUCCCUUCUCUAACUAUUAAUCUUGCAGGACACUGAGAGUGUGGGAGAGCUCCUGUGCGACACUGGGAGUGUUCAUUCCCACUCUCACGACGCUCCGUUCUUCCAGUGGCUUCCAUCUGACCCGAUAACGUGCACUUUUGUGGCCUUUUAGGGCUUGUGCUUAGCAUUUUGUUGUGUGGACAGUGCAAACUUUUACAUUGUGAAAGAAAAAAAAGUAUUACUGUAUGUCAAAAUGGUAUUUUUUUGCGCCACUGUUCUUACAGCAGAUAUAUUUUACAGUUCUCAGUUUGUGAAGGACGUCCAAAUGUGUUUAUAUAAUAUGUAUAUGCAUAUCUUUUUUUCUUUUUUUUCUUCUCACCCAAAGGCCCACGUGUGAUCAUCAAGUUUGCGCUUGCAAAUUAUUUUCGUUUUUUUUUUGUGCAAUUUAACCUUGUUCCGACAAGUUGCAUGAGUGAUUAAGUUAAAAAAAUAAAUAAAGAUGUUUUGCACUUGUAUGAUGCUGUAUGAUGUAAGCUGCCAUGCAAAUAUGUGUGCAUUAAAGGCUGCAGAACAAAUACUUUGAUUGAAGCAUUUGUACUGGAGCACUGGGUUUUUCAGCAUUCAUUAAGUGUUACAUUUAGCAAUGUUUUGGAUGUUUCUGCCAUUUUUGAUGUUUACAUUGUUUUAAGUGUCUGUCUGAUUGUUGUUGGGUUUUUUUUUUGGCCUUUCUAGCAACAUGUCUUGAAUAUCUGGAUGGAAGAGUUUUAAUGUGAGAGUUCAAGAACUGGAAUCUAUGCAGAUUACCACAGUGACUCAAUCGGAGAGACGCAGAAUUUACAACGCUUAUCUGUUACCGAAGAGAUAUUAACAUUUGCAAAAAAACUAACAAGCUUCUUAUAUAAGUGAGAAUACUGAUCCUUGAUGAUGAUUGGCUGAGAUCACUGUAACGUCCUUUAACCUGUCUGUUGAACACUUUGACCUAGUCUCUGUGAAUCGAUCACGAAGGUGAUUGUAUUUAGUUAAACAACUACAGAAAACUGGAUGUUCUUGAACGCUCUCAUUACCCCCCUCUCUUGCUGGAGUAUUAGUUCAGAGGCAAACUGAGGUGCUGUAACUUGUAAUAAUUGAUUUUCUGUCUCCUGACAUGUUUCUUGCCCUUAGUUGAUGCUAGUGCUUUAAAAAGAAAAUUGCUGAAUCAUUUUUAACAUCCAUGUUUUCCUUGAAAACACUAAUAGCUUUCAUGUGUUUGGCCCCAUCGCAGUAACCAUUGAGGUUGACUUACCAAAAUGUGACAUGAGCAGACAACUGGACAAACGGUGCAAACAUUUCAUUUCACGUUUUUACCUCUCGCUUCAGCUUCUACCCGUAUGUGUAGGAAGUAGCCUCAAGCAGGGUAGAGAAUGGAACGUGAAAGAUAUGAUUUUGCCAGCUUAGUUGUUGAUGUGUUUUUGUUUGUUUGUUUGUUUUUAAAAACAAAAGUAAAUAAAAAUAAAAUUUCAACAAUA